AUGCGCUUGAAGGAGGCGCAGGGAUCGGCAGGGUUACCGAGGGACAUAUAUGAUGAUGAGGACGGUGGUGUUACACGGGGCGAUGCGAAAUUCCGAAAACUAUUCAAGCAGGCGGGAUUGCGUAUCGUCAAGGUUGAGAUUCAAAAGGGAAUGAAUCCAGCCAAUGCAGAGAAGCUGUUCCCAGUCAAAAUGUAUGGUUUGAAGCCAGAAGCCUUGGAGCCAGAAAAAGAACAGUGA